AAGGAGAAUCGCGUAAUUUUAUUCUAUGUUACCGUCGAUCAAACCCAUCUAUCUAUCUAUUAGUGAGUACUAGUUUUGCCCUAAUUUCAGUGAAUUCUUCCCGCCACGCCAUCAACUUCAGCUGCCGCCUUCGCCGCCGUGAAGAUUCAAGAAUCGACGCCACCCUCGCUUCUUCUUAUCUCAGAUUGAUUGUUUUUCGUUUCUUUCGAUAUGUCAUCGCUUAAGAAUGCAAUUCCUCGACGGGCUCAUAAGGAGCGAGCUCAACCGCAUUCGAGGAAGAGGUUUGGGCUUCUUGAGAAGCAUAAGGAUUAUGUUGUUCGUGCUAAAGCUUAUCACCAGAAAGAAGAGACUCUACGGGGACUCAAAGAGAAAGCGGCUUUUAGGAAUCCAGAUGAAUUUUACUUUAAGAUGAUCAAAACAAAAACUAUUGAUGGAGUUCAUAGACCAGAGAGUGAGGCAAACAAGUACACUCAAGAAGAAUUAAUGUUGAUGAAGACCCAAGAUAUAGGAUAUAUUCUUCAGAAGUUACAAAGUGAAAAAAAUAAAAUUGAAAAAUUAACUACCAUGUUGCACUCUUUGGAUAAUAAUCCCACAAACAAACAUGUUUACUAUGCUGAAGACAGGGAAGAGGCUAAACAAAUAAAGUCUCAAUUGGAAAGGAAGGAUAUUGUGCCUGCGUCUGUGGACAUUCCUGAUCAUAUCAAGAGGAAGACUGCUGCUUCCUACAGAGAACUAGAAGGGAGGAGAAGUCGAGUACAGGAAUUGGAAAAAAUAUAUAUGGAUAUGGCAUUGCAGAAGGAAUUACAGAAGAAGGGUCGGAAACGCAAGCUCCGUGAGGAUGAGAUUGUAUCCCCAACAUCGAGACCAGUAUACAAGUGGCGGACAGAAAGAAAAAGGUGAAGUGUGUGUUUUGUAGGGAAUUUGGUGAAUUAGAUUUAAAUUCAUGUUUGGAGAAUUAUUAGGACUAGGGAGUUGAAGUAAAAGAUGAACCUAUUGGGAUGUAUUAAUGACCAUUCCUAAGUAUGGUCAUUGUAGUUUUUAUGUCAAGCUUGAAAAUCUAAAAUUAAAUUUCUAUGUAAUUGUGUCUGUGUUUUAUAUUUUUGGGGCUUCUAAGUGUUGUAAUUUGGUGAAUUACUGCUCUGCUAUACAGGGAAUGAAAUUUUGGUGAUUUAAAACUUAUAAAAUUUUGCAUCAAAAACAAUUACCUGAUGCUUUAUAACCA